CGCGGGGAGGGCUGUUCCGCCUGUCCGCCCUCCCCUCCCACCUCUGUCCCGCAGAAAGUUUCUCCUCUUUGUGGAGGAGCAGGGAGACGGCGGGCGGUUGGAACUUUCACUGGCCGAACAUGGCUCUCUCUGCCCGGAUGUCCGGACCGCUCUGAAGUCGAGCGAAAGCACCCACUAUGUUCGGCGGAGAACGGCUUCUCUACCUUCGGAUUAAUUCAACUGGCGAGUGAACUACUAGCUAUGGCAAAUGUCAAAGUCGCAGUUCGGGUUCGACCGCUUAACUCGAGGGAGAGCCUUGACGGAGGGAGGCUUGCGGUUCAGGUAGACGAUAAGUUUGUGAAGAUCCGAAACCUAAAGCUGGAUGGACGGACAGAGGGAGGAGUGGAUUCCAGGGAGAAGCUUUUGGAGUUUUGUUUUGACUACUGCUACUGGUCGGUGGACCCCGCUGAUCCUCACUACGCCUCGCAGGAGGAGGUGUUUCAGGACCUGGGAGUGUCCGUUCUGUCCGGAGCAUCAGAGGGCUACAAUGUCUGCUUGUUUGCUUAUGGCCAAACGGGAUCAGGGAAGACUUACACCAUGAUGGGAACACCGGACUCCACAGGUUUGACUCCUCGUAUUUGCCGAGGUCUUUUUCAUGGUGAAGAGGCUUUCCAGGAUUCCCAAAACUCAAGCAGAGUGGAAAUCAGCUUCCUGGAGAUCUACAAUGAGCGCGUGCGAGACCUGCUGAGAGGAGGCGAGCAGAAAAACAGACCCUCGCUGAGAGUCCGAGAGCAUCCAGAGAAAGGACCUUACGUACAAGACCUGUCACAACACGUGGUCUCAGACUGCAAGCAGGCCAUGGACCUUCUGGAGGAAGGCAUCGCCAACCGAAUCACAGCGGCCACUCACAAUCAUGAUGCCAGCAGCCGAUCGCACGCCAUCUUUACCAUCCAGUACACACAGGCAAUCCUAGAAAACAACCUUCCUUCAGAAAUUGUCAGCAAGAUCAACCUGGUGGACUUAGCUGGAAGUGAGCGAGCAGAUCCCAACUACAGCAGAGACAGACUGACGGAGGGCUCGAACAUCAACAAGUCGCUCGUAACUCUGGGAAUUGUCAUUUCUGCACUUGCCCAGAACUCCCACAUGUCGAGCAGCUGUCAGAGCAUCAACAGUGUGGCCUCCGAGGGUGACGGCAGUAUGGUGGGGAGUAACAGCAGCUCCCUGUCAGGAGGCGGGAGGAGGCACUGCUUCAUUCCCUACAGGGACUCGGUCCUGACCUGGCUGCUGAAGGACAGUCUGGGUGGAAAUUCCAAGACCAUCAUGGUUGCGACGGUCUCACCCUCAGUGAACUGCUACAACGAGACCCUCAGCACGCUGCGCUAUGCCGCACAUGCAAGGAACAUCGUCAACAAGCCGCGGGUUAAUGAGGAUCCCAAUGUUCGGUUGAUCAGGGAGCUGAGGGAAGAAAUCGACAGGCUGAAGAGCAUGCUGCUCGGCUUUGAAAUGCAGCGUAACCUCAGUCCGUCCCUGAGCGACGAGCGGGACGGGAGUCUUUCUGAAAUCGUUCUCCAGAAUGAACUGAAGGUGGAGCAGCUGACUAAAGACUGGUCAGAAAGUUGGAGAGACAAGAAGGAGCUGCUGGAGCAAUACAGCGUGGACAUCAACGAAGACCGAGCCGGCUUCCUCAUCAGCUCCCUUCAGCCACAUCUAAUCGCUCUAGACGGGGACGUUCUCAGCACCAGAGUCGUCUUUUAUCACCUGAAGGAAGGAGUCACCUAUAUUGGAGAUCAGGACCAAAUCGAAGAACCACACCUAGUCCUGCAGGGCGGUGCCAGCUGUGAGAUUGAAAACCACGGGGGUGUGGUAACGCUCAGACCGCUGGCGGGCUGCGUCUGUCUGCUCAACGACAGAGAGGUCACGGAGCCCUGCAGACUGGCUCAAGGGUCCGUCAUUACCCUGGGAGGGGUGCACAAGUUCCGCUUCAACCACCCGGCAGAGGCGGCGGUCCUGAGGGAGCGCAGGCGGGCCAGUGAAGGUGUUUGCCCCUUCAACCAGGAUGACAGAGAGUCGAGGCCUGAGCAGCUGGAGGUUGCCGGUUUCACUCUGACUGAGGAGUCCACGGUGAGGCAGCGUGUGGACGAGCAGAAACGCUUGGUGGAGAGUCUGAGGCAGGACAUCCAGGCUGAGCAGAGACGAGCUGAAAGAGAGCUGGAGAGGGAUCAGGCCCACCUCAGGCAGCAGCGCACCGAGAUUCAGCAGUGGAUAGUUGAGGAGAAGCACAGUUUAGCGGUUGCAGGGAAGAUAACCACUCAUGAGUCGGGAGUUCAGGUGGAUCUCUUUCCUGCUCCGCUUCUGGAGAAACUACGGACUCACGUGUUCAGGGAUCAGGAGGUCGAGGAAAACCGGCCUCUUAUGAUGAGGGCCAGGAAGAAGGCUGUGCAGGAAGAGCUGCUGAAACAUCACGCCCUCUGCCGCGCCCAGAGCCGCAUCCAUCGGAAAAGGCUGCAAUAUCAAUUAAAGAAAAUCGCCAACAAGCAGCAUCUGCUAAAAGCUAAGAGAGAAUUACAGCAGCUGGAAAAAAAACUUCCUCCAGGAUCGGACAGUCCUGAGUCUCCAGAUUUGGAAUCUCCCUCAAGGCUCAGAGGAGAGUCGCUGUCUUCUCGAAGACACUCAUUGUCAGCAGAUCUGUUGUCCCGGCUCUACCCUCAGAACACACCUAUCUUCAGACAUUUCCUAAAGAGGAACAAGUCCUCAGAACGGACUUUAAAUUCGUCUCCAGCUGCUGACUCCAUCGUCAGUAGAAAGUGGAUCUCAGACGAGUGUCUUCCUCGAGAAAGAACGCAGAGUUGUUCCGGAUCUUUCUUGUCAGGCCGUAGUAGGCCCUGCUCCUCUGAGAACGUCCCACAAGCUGCCAAAGAUGAGCCGCAGUGUCGAGGAAAACCAGAGAGAAAACCUCUGCUACCGAACCAAGACUUGUUCCUUAAGAACCGCCUCAAACAGAAUGCAGCUGUUGGACCUGCGUCACUGCAGGUCAACAAGGAAAAUGAUCAAAGUUCUCCCACUCCCAGACCUGGUCCUGAUUCAUCUUGUUUGGUGAACUUAAAAAUUUCUGACCAUGUAGGAAACAUCAGACUAGGAACCAGCAGAAGACCAUUUUUUCCUCCUGUGAGUCCAAGGGUCAACACGGCUCUGUCCACGGUUUUCAGAAGAUCUCCCACAUGUGCAAAAGGAGGACAAAUGCCGAAGCCUCAUGGGCGAUUAGCAAGCAAGUUUCACGGAAGACUAAGAGGACUCAAGAGCCUUAAAGAGGCCAAAGCGAAUCCGAGCAGCGGCGCCAUGAAAGCCGCCGUCUCGUGUGAUGAGCUCGACCAGAAGUUUCUGUGUGGGAGCAUCAGACGGUGGCACAGCACAGAAGCUCUGAUGAACCAAACCAGCGGGUGCAAAGAGAAGCACCAAAGACCGCCGACAUGGCAGGACGAGGACUUGGAGGACAGAACGUCGGAUUGUGAGAGUCUUUUAUCCCUCGACUCGUUGUCUUCUGCUCACGCUGCCGCUCUGGCCGCGCAGCUGAGAGAGGAGGAUUCGAACCUGAGUGAAGCAGAAAGUGAAAUGUCCACGGAUUCACUGACGGUAGAAAACAGAGGGAAACGGGCAACGGUGCGUGAAAGUGACCAAACUGUGGUUUCUACGUACUCUUUGGUAGAAGAUUCUGUGCUUUCAUCCAUGCAGAAUGACAGAAUCCCAGAAAUUGAACCUGCUGUUAUUCUGUCAGAGGAAAUCUGGAUGCAGCAGAUGCUUCCUCCUCAAAAAACACAAACUUUUGCAUUAAAAAAGCCUCCAUGCUCAUUUGAAGCAGAUUUCCGAGGCAAAGAUGAUGUGCAUAAACUGACUGAAGACUUAAGAAACAUGCAGCCCAUUUCAGCCGGCAGCUCAGAGCUGGGAAACCUGCUGGUACUCACUGAUCCGGAUUUGUUCAUGGGAGCAGGUGAGAGCUUCCAAACCAAGACGCUUUCCCAAAAGGAAGUGAGGCUGAUUCAUGCAGGGAGGAGUGCAGGUAACAGGAAGAUCUCAGAUGCUCAGGUUGGAGCUAAAAAUCACAUUUCCUCGUCCAUCAGCACUGAAGGCAUGAAGGCAGCAGUGCAAAAACAAGGCCUUGAAGAAGCCACAGGAGAACCUCCAGGGUUUGGGAAAAAGGAUGCGUUUUGUUUGACCCAAUCCACUCCCCAAACCCCCAAAACAGAUUGGAAUUUGUUUGGGAAAGAUCCAGUAGCUCCUGAAAGGUCAUCUGAAACUGGAAUGACUUUGUCAGGUUUUCCCUCUGUGGUGGAUUUCUCCUUAAGUUUUGAAAACUACUUUGAAGAAACCGAUGGCAACCUAAAGACACCUGACUUUCAAGGACAAAAGGUGACAGAAGCUGAAGAACGGCCAUUUGCACUGGAAGAAACCAAGAAUGCCGAGCCGCCUGCUGCACAGAGGAGGGAAGUUGUUAAACCGGCUUGUAAAAAUUCCAGGAAAAGGAACAAAGAACAGCAAGAUGUUUUUAAGGGCAGCCUGAAAAUUCCAAAAAGGAGCAACAGCGGGGAGCUGGUUACUUGCUCCAACACUCAAGGCUUCAGCCUGAAAAAUAAACGCCGCGAUGACAGAAACGACAGCAGUCGUGGCGAGAGGCGGACUGACAGCUGUGGACCUCCUCACAGCAGUGAUCCAGCAGAAGGAGGAGCCUUAGAUUUCGAUUCCUCUCCAGUUUCUGAUCCUGUGGCUGAAUCAAAGUAUCGUGUCUUUAGAGAUGAGCUUGAACACGGUGAUAGGAUUUCAGUGGGGGCUGCGUCCGCAGGCGACAAUGCAGACGUGGGAAAGGUGAAUGAAACAAAAGGGAAACAUCAAAUGAACGAGCUCAGGAAACAUCAGGACAUUUUAAACCAUAAAUGCAGGUCAGACUCCAUCUGUAGUGCUAUUGAUCUGAGGAUUUCUGAACUAGUGCAAGAUCAUGACAAGCUGCAAUCGGGUGUCAAAGAUGGAGCCAGGAAGUACGGGAUUCAGAGUGUAAACACCUAUGAGCUUCCAGACCGUGAGCUGGAGUUAACAGAAACUAAACAAAAAAAGGAAACUAGUAAAGAUGUAAAGCAAAAGAUCAGAAAUGCUUGUGUUACAGCUGAGACUUUGGCAUCAAAGACGACAACGGAAAAUCCAUUUCUGUCAAAUGAGAUCCAGAAAACCUGUAAGUCAAUCAGUUUGAACGCAGAAAAUGAUUCUUUUUCACCUAAAAAAUGUCAAGAUUUUCCAGAAAGCGCUCCUUCUCUUCAAAACAUUCAUGUGGAUCAGCAGAAUGCGCCUCCUGUCACCACGGAUGUCUGUUCUAAGAACGUGAGCAGCCAGAGAAGUCCCAAGAGCCCGGGUUCAAAAGCUGACUUCCUCCUGCAGCUCUCGACGCAGAGCUCGGGUCCACAACUUCACCAAAAACGUCCCAAAUUUCCAUCACAAGACACCAACUCCACUGAUUCUGAGGAUACAGCUACAUCCAUCGGUGCCAAAACUGAACUUCAAACGGUUUACAAAACAUCUCCAGAAGCUGACAUUGAAUUGCAUCAACUCCAGGCGAACCGACGUCUCUGCAGCCACGUCAGUGGAAACGCUGGCAUGGAUCUCAUGGACCAACCUUCCUGCACGGCUGAUAGAACUCACAAAGACAAAUGUCAGAACCAAUCAGAGUGCAGCUUUGAUAAACACACGCGGAUGAGAAACAGAGACGGAGAGGUGAGGAGUGUUAGAGAGGUUAAACCUUCACAGGAAACCACAAAAGAGCGUAGUUUUAGAGCUGCAGCCUCCAAAGAAGACAAGAGAAACUCUGUUUCACUUAGAAAUCCUUCCUCUGUGUCCAAAAUAAACUGGUUUAAAAAGAAAAAGUCCAGCCUGAAGGCUGGUUCCUCCUCUGAUUCCUCUUUAAAGACCACGGAUGAAGAUGAGGAGGAUGAAAAAACCUCUAAAGGGCUUCAUAGUCAACUGUUUUCUAAAUGGAUUAAGUUGGGCACCAGGCAGUGCUGCAAUAAUGAAGUUCAGCUUCCCAGCAAGGAAAUGUGCUCCGGUUCUCCUCCAGGAGCAUCACUGAACCAAAGUGGGGGAAAACAUGUAACAGACCCGCAGAGAGGUGAACCAAAACAAGAACUUAGAACGGGAGAGUCUCAGGACUAUCCCAUCCAUUUCGCCUCCAGUGACAUCAAUCCCUUUGUGCACCAGUGGCAAAGCUGCAGCUCGAAGCAUCAUGGCUGUAGAAACCCAGCAUUCGGAAGCGCUGCCGACCUUUCCUGUAAAUCCCCUCUUCUAAACGGCUCAGAAAACCAGAUCACAAGGUGCUGCAGUGUCGAUAACGGCUUGAAUGGACAGGAAUCUCCUUUCAACUCCCACCUGAGCACCUAUGCCACCGACAAAGGGCUCACCAGCACACUGAGCAGCAUGGAGGAUCACAAAGGAAAGGCAUGCUCGGGGUUUCCUGCCUGUCAACGAGGGUCUGCAGACUGUCACAGACGUCGGGAAGCAUACAGCCGCUCCUCAGGUCACGACGCUCCUCUCAACACCUCCUGCCAGGUGGAUGAAAUCAUGUUUGUUUAUUCGUCCGAGCUUGAGUGCAAGACGAGUCAAAUGGCGGGGCGACAGAGGCGGACGUGCGAGCACAGCACGCAAACUAAAGCGUGCGACGGAAACGGCAGCAGCCCUCCGAGAAGAAAAGAUCGUCACAAACGGAGUAACACCGAUGUUCCGUCGUUCCACAAAAGCAAAGUAAAGGAAUCGCCCACAUGGGCCAGUAUGGAAAGCAUGUCAGCACGCCUUUCUAAGCUGAUCGACAGCACUUCAGACCUGCUGGGAGACGUUCAGGGACUGAGGUCAGGGGACGCCAGGAAAUCCUGUUCCAGUAGAAGCAACCCUUCGUCCUUCAGUGAAGCUCAUGACAGCACCACGAGAGACGGGUCAACCCAGACAGCGUCAGAUGUUGGGAUCCAAACAGAGGAACCUUUAGCGCCGUCAGAUGCUGAUGCUGCUGCUCACUUAGGCAGGGGGUCGUUUAAGUCUCACGAAAUCAAUGUGACAGUUAAAGUCAUCGGGUCGGAAGUUAUCAGUGCUUCUCAGGACCAGAAUGGACAAUGUGUGGUGAAAUCCAAAGCUGGUGAGAAGAUUCAAAGCAUGCCUGACCUGAGGUGUAGCGCCUCUGCAGCCGCUCAGUCACAGGCAGACUCCAUCAAAUCGUCUUCUGGGAAGAUGGCAGUAGGUUGUCUCAGGCAUGUUAGAUCUGCUUCAUCUGGAGUUUCAAAGCACAGAACGUCUGCGGCACCGGAAAGCAUCCUCGGGUCUUCAGAGAAGAGGCUUGAAGAUCAACCUUCAUUAACAAACCGUCUGCCUGGUUUUUUAAAGAACCAGGCGAUGUACACAGACCGCGCUUCUUCUCCUAUUCUUACUGUGGGGACAAAAAGGGACUCCGAUCUUCAGGGGAAGCUCUGUCUUCCAAAAUACAGGAACCUUACAGCAGAACCUUCCUGUGGGGAGGAAAGUCAGAACGUUUCCUCAGUUCCACAAGACCUUCCCCGAUUCCAACAGGACUCUCUGGGUUUUGAUGAGUCAGAAACAGGAAGUUACCCAAGUCACAAGGACUUGGAGAGAUGUUCUUCAGAGUUUCUGCCGUCUCUAGAUCUUUAUAUGGAUGUUAGGAAAAGUCACGUGACCUAUACAGACAGAGACUUCCAUUGGUCAAGCUCGAAACAGUCAGUCAAGCCAACAUGUCGGAGUAUCUCCUGCAUGAACCCUGUUUCCCCCUCGCCAAGUUUACUGGAUGUGCAAAAACAGGAAGCCUCAAAUACCACAGAUACGUGUUUUGAUCCCUGCAGUCUUUCCAUUCUGAGUCAUGAGGGUAACAUGGAGUCACCGACGCCCAGUGAAUGCAACACAGAAGCCCUCGUAAACAUAGAACCUACUGUUCUGGACCAUCCAAGAGUGCCUGAGGACCUGCCCGUCCACAACAAGUUCAUCAACUGGUCAGGCGUGCGUCUCCCGCCAAACCAAAUGAGAGAUGACCCCAGGAGCAGCUCUGAUUGGGCGGAGGUGGAGAGGGUCGGUGUGGAGGCCGGGAGGUGGAGCGAUAGAAGAGAAAAAGAGAUCAUGAGGCUGCGGCAAGAGCGAGAGCAGGUGAUGGCGAAGGUCAACCUCAGCAUGAACUCCACACCUCUGACUGUGGAGCUGACCGAGGCCAAGCUCCAUUACGGGCUGGGAGAGACGGACGCUCUGCUGAAGAUGCUGUCCCCCAGGUCCAAGCAAGAUCUGCAGCCACAGGCCUCCGCUCCCACCAAGCAGCAGCUGUACGACCGGCAUCGGCGGAGUAUUGAGGGUACGAGGCAGCAGAGGGAGGAGCGCCUCCAGACUUUUCGCAGAGCUCGCAGUUUGAGUCCCAGCAAACAUCAGAGCUGCUCUCCUGAAGCAGUUUCCCCAUCCAACGAUCAGCGCAAAGACAGCAGCAGAUCAUCGGGUCGUUCCAAGCCAGACGGACAGUGUCCAACAGACAUCGAACUUCUGUUGCGAGAUUAUGGUCGAGCUCGGGAAGAAGCCAGGACUGAGAUUGCAAGAGCUCGAGAGCGACUGAAAGAGAGGACGGAGAUGGAAAAGAAGAGGCUCCAGCAGGAGAUAAAGCAGGAGGACUUCAGGCAUCGGACGAGAAUCAGCUGCAGCACUCUGUGCACUGGAUCCAGUCUGAGUCUGUCCUCUGGACCGACGUCGGGGUACAACAGCGGCAACGCCGGACAACCACGACCCUGCAGGACAGCGGCGCUGCCAGGACAGAUUGCAGGGAUUCAGGAUGAAGAGCAGAUGAAGACGAGGCCUCUCAUUUGCAGCCCUCAGAGUGUAAAGACACACCGAGCCUGGCUGUCAUCUCAGGAUCUGCAACGCGAGCCGUCUGUUGGCGACUUCGAGCCUCUGAUGACCUCGUCUCCAUCACCUCCACUCCUAACUGCCCAAAGCUCCUCCCACAACCUUUUCACAGCCCAUCAGGACAUCACCUGUCAACUGCUCAGCCAAGCCUUUGCUGAGGUCCAACUAGCUUCUUCAGGAGAUUUAGGCAACCUGAUGAUGGGCAAAGCAGCAGGAGGCUGGAGGUACCAGGGAGAGGAGAGAGCAGUUCAGGCAUUCUACAAGCCCUCCUCCAGUCCAUCUGUCCACGGCUUUCUGGGGGCAGGAGACCUGGACCGGACCCUGAACAGUCUGUGGGGCGUAAUCUGCCAGAUGUCUAAGAGCCACUUGUAUAAUCAGUCGGUCCGUUCUGUUUGGACUCGACCACUAGAGGACAGCACUCAGCUGGUUUACAUCUUAACAGAUCCAUCCACCUGUCACCUCAGCCAGCCGCGGGACUUCUGCUGCAUCAGCACCGAGUCCAAACAGGGUGGCCUCUGCAUUCUGGCAAUGCGGUCUGUGUUUGACGAGUCUCUGCCUCGUCCCAGCGUUGACGCCAUUCGGGGGGAGAUGAUGCCCAGCUGCUGGCUUCUGCAGCCACUCAGACGCAACGGAAAGGAGGCAACCAGAGUCAUUUACCUUCUACAGCUGGACCUCGGAUCGCCGUCGUUUCCUCGCCGGCUGCUGAGCUCUGUUGCCAGGAGACAGGCGGCCGUCAUCGCUGAUCUGGAUGUUUUCCUCUCUUUGUAAACUAACUGCACAUUAACAGUCGACACUUAGACUAACGAGGAGUCUCACCUAUGUUUUACACACUUGAGUAUCUCAGAGCACUGUCAAACUUUUUAUGUAUGAAGCUAUUUUUAUAAUAUACAAUUUUGAUAUGUAUUUGUCUACAUGAAUGUGUUUAGUGCUAUGUUUUACCAAAGUUUCCAUCCAUUUGGCUUUAGAUUAAGACCACUUUAAGGCAUCAAAACGCCCUAAGACUCUAAAAAUUGUAAUUAAAGUUUUAAAACCAGUCGCUCCAAACACACAAACCAUAUGUAUGUGGGGUAAUACUUGCAAAUUCCUUGUUAAGUCUCCUCAAAUAGGAUAAAUAAUCACUUUUCUUUAUGCAGAAAAACUCAUUCCACUAUUGUAGGAACUAAAACUGUGAUUCUCAUGCAGUAUUUUGUAACAAAUCAGAAGAAGAUUGCAGCUUUUCUGAUAGGAAAUCAAUCAAAGAACAGGUGAGAUGAACACACCCUAAAGUCUCUCUGAGAUAAUGCGCCUUCCUCCCAGCAAGAAGCACAAACGUGAACCUCAGCAUUGCAGAAAAUCCAAAAACCGUUUGGCAGCAAAACCUGAAGCUGCAACGAAACACAGCAGGGAGAGUUUUGCUGCCAACAUGUGUGCCAGAGGAUCUCCAUCCCAGAGCGCACUGGUUCCUGCUGGAGUGACGAGCUUCAUCCUGAGCUUUGGCGCUUUCAUCUGCUCCAUUGGAAAAGCUCUUUUACCUUACAAAGCUGUUCAAAUUUUUUAUAGGUUUGUUGAUAUUACAAAUAAAACAAAUGAUUCUUUCUUUUCGUUUCGUGUUUAAGCCAUAGAAGUUGAUCACAUUCAGAAAAGCUCCUAAAAACAGGUCAUAUGUUAUAUGAAGCCAUAAGAUUGAAACAUGUUAAAGCUCCAAAAAUCUGUAGUGUGGACUGAACCAAAGACAAACGGGUGCAAUAAGGAAAUUCAACGACAUUUUGUUUUUAUUUAUAUUAUUUUAAACUUGUAUAUUUGUAAAACGUCAUAUUUAUGUAUUUUGCUUUAAAUGUUGGACUUUUUUUGUUAAGUAUCUGUGAAGAAUUUUUGAAGGAACUUUUUUGUUUUUUUGGCUUGUUUAAAAAUGCAAAAUAUGUUGAUUUUCUGAUAAAAAGUGGGAUUAAAAGUGUGUUGUUGUUUUUUUACCAAAUAAAGUAAAGUGAAGUAAAAUA